GUCGCGUCACUCACUCACACGCACGCAGGUGUCCGUCCGUCCCCCUGAGCUCUCGUCAGGUCGUUCACUUCAUUCAGUAGGCGGGUUGUUCCUUUGGCAGGACGACGUCUUUGCCGGAGGUCAUGACGAGGAAGUCGGACCAUUCCUGGUAGGGCGACUUGGCGUACGGGUGAUCCUUCCACAGGUCCGGCGUCAAGUACCCGCUGGUCUUGCUCAACGCGUCGAAACACGCCUGAACGAACAACAAACAAACAAACGAAGGGUAACAAACAUCCAUCGCCCCCCACAGUAACCCAUUUUCACAUCCGUCCACUCCACCGACGGAUCGGAUCAACCAACAUGUGGAUAUCUAAGAUGUGUGAUAUCUAUCUCCCUUACCUUCAUGAAGUUGCCUCGUGUCUUGGAGUGGCCGGAUGUGCACGAGAAGCAGUCCUCGACACCCGCAUACUGCAUACCAUCGCAUCGCAUCCAGGUACACACAGAUGUGGGUGAGGGAGACACACACACGCAUCCACACACGCUCUCGUAAGACAAAGAAAGCCCCCUCCCUAGCUUGCUUGACUCUCUGUGCGGCGCAGCGCACCUGUAGGAGUUUCUUGGUGGUGGGUGCCCCGACGAUGGCGGUGCCGCGGGGUGCGGGGAUCAGCCGCACGCGCACCGAACCGCACUUGCCGUGCACCUUCAUCGGCACCGUGUGGGGCUGACCGAUGCGAUUGCCCCAGUACCCACGGCUGAAUGAACCGAACCAGACAGAUAGACCACAAACAAAGGACGGGACCAAGAGACGUUCAUUGAUUUGAUUUGAUUUGAUGCGGUGUGUGGGUUGUGGGUGGGUACCUACCGGACAGGGAUGAGGUUGAGCUUGGCGGCGACGAUGGCCCCACGGAUGGCCGUGGCAACCUCCUUGGCGCACUUGACACCCAAACCCACAUGACCGUUGUUGUCACCUUCACACAUACAGACAGCACAGGCACGAUUGCAAUCGUGUGGCCGUUCGUCCAUUCCAUGACACGUCAGCUCACGUCACCGAACAUUCGUUGGUGUGUGCUGUUGUGUGCGUGCGGUGCGUACCGACAGCAACGAAUGCCUUGAAGCGGGUGCGCUGUCCGGCUCGGGUCUGCUUCUGCACGGGCAUGAUCUUCAUCACGUCAUCCUUCAACGUACCAGGCGCGAAAAAACGGUCGAUGAUCUGACACACACACGGACACACAGAACAGACAGAGUGUAUUCCGACCGACCCAGCAGAUGACUGACUCGUGAGGGCGUGUGUGACUUGACUUGACUGACCUGGUAUUCCUUGAUGGGCAGUGAGUGAAGGUAGAUCUCCUCGAUGGACUGGAUCUUGUUGUCCCGUACCAGCCGGCCCAGCUUGGUUACGGGCGUCCAGAUCUCCUUGUCCUCACCGCCGCGACCACGACCACGACCCCUGAGAAUGAACCAACCCACGAAGCAGCGGCACACACACAGACACACAACACACAACACACAACACAACCACAGUCCUUCCCUCCAAGUCCCCCACCCCACCCCUGCUAAUCCCCCUAUGGCUGUCAGCUGACUAACCUGCCUCGCCCGCGUCCACGCCCGCGGUCUCCACCCCGGCCGAAGCCACGGCCAAAGCCGCCACGUUCUGACGCCACAACACAACAACCGGGAGAGAACCAACCAGUCAGACGCGGCGCUUCCCUCUGGGUGGUGUGGUUUGUCGCGGAUCUUUCUUUCCCUCUGUCUGUAAGUGCCUGUGUGGCCCUCUCACCUGCCAUGCUUGCCAAAGGCGCGUUAGAGACCCUCGGGAGCCAAUGCGAGCUGAAAC